AUGCGCAUCGUGCACGACCCGGCAGUGUUCGACACAGCAGACGACGUCCCGGGGGACCGUGGCAGACGCAUCGAGACACAGACAGAGCUGGUAGCUGGAGACUUGGCGUUACGGGCUUCAGCACACGCUGUCGUGCUGUUGCCGGAACUCUGGGGCUCGCACUGCCACAAGUGCUUUGGUGGCUCGGACUGGAGGCGUCUCAGUCGCUGUGGAUGCUGUCGGACGGUCUAUUACUGUUCCAAAAAGUGUCAGCAAAUGGACUGGCGCUUGGAUCAUCAGAAGGAGUGCAAGCGUCUCAAGCAGUUGGCCCAGCUCGAACUGACGAGUGACCAAGUGAUGGACGUGGUGUUACUGGGACGCGUGUUGAGACGUAAAGACGCAGAAGGACUCAAGCCGGUGGAGCUCGUGUGGUACGAAGAAGAUUUGAAAGAUCAGGAACUGAUUUUACUGGCAGCGUUGGCUCAGAAAUUGAAUCUGGUGGAUGCUGAUUCGUACUCGAUGGACGAGAUGCUGCGCAUGUUGAGUCGCUUUCGAAACAACAACUUUUCCAUCUCGGAUGAGCUGUUGUUGCCGCUGGGUGCGGGCUGUUUCCCACUUGGCGCGAUGGUUAACCAUAGCUGCGACCCCAAUUGUGCCGUCACGUUUGUCCCUGAGACGCUUGAUAUGGAGUUUCGGGCGAUGAGGCCUAUCAAGUCUGGACAGGAGGUUACGCAGACUUACGUCGAUGUUGCGUUGCCGCGUCGAGAGAGGCAACAGCGACUGCAACGCAAGUAUCAUUUCCGCUGCAACUGUGCCCGUUGUGCGCAGUCUUUGCAAGGUGGCACUAGUCCAGACACUUUCCUCGACGCCGACAUUGAUGGUAUUCCGCAAGAGUUCUGGACGCAAGAGCGCCAAGACGAGGUGGAGCAGGCGCUAAAGGAAAUUAGUGAUGCUGCCAGUCGCGGUGCUGUUGAGACAGAUCUAGCAAUGCAGCAACAGCACCGCAUUGAAGCGCUUGAAAAACUAGCGAAGCGGCAGGAUGGUAUCCUACACGGUGAAAAUAUCGCGCAGUUGCAGACGCUUUCGACGCUUUUUAGCGCUGAAAUAAAACGUGGGAGUGUGCGAGCAUCGUGUCGAUACGGGGAGCGCAUGCUGGAGUUCUACAGACGCGUUUACAGUUCGAACCACCCGAUGACUGGCCUCCAUCUGUUCACGCUUGGCGAUCUGUACGAUCAACUGGCACAGACUGGAGCAGAUCCCGCGGAUCGGUGCGAUGCAAAGGCGGUUGAGUAUCUGGCAGAGGCGCAACGUAUCCUUCGAAUUACGCAUGGUAAGGGCCAUCGUUUGGUGGCGUUGCUUGCAGAUCGACUCGAUCAUCGAGGCCGCGGAAAUGUCGAAGCACAGAGUCCACGGCAAUAG